AUGCCAUUAACUCGCACUCGUACAUCAUUGGACUAUGAUGAUUAUGGAUCAACGUCGUUCAUGUGGCCUUCAGCUACAACUCCUUCUUUUCAAGAAUUGAAUAGAAGCAUCUAUCAGCCGCCGGCUGGAUGUUCAAUUAGCUAUCGAUUGAACAUGACUGUCCAUGACCCUACAAGUUUGAUGGAUGAUGAUGAAGCUAACAAUUAUCCUCUGAACUGCUCCACAUAUGCUACUCCUACUCGACGCAAAGCCAAAAGCGGCUCCAGAAUAUCUCGUGCACUCAAAGAGUUGCUCGGUUCACGCAAUUCAUUGGCUAAAAAGGAUUUAUUAAGUCAAAGCUUUACACUGUUCCGUGAACGUCGCGGAACUUCAGCUCAUCAAGAGCGAACAUCAGCUUCCACAUGUAUAUCAACACCAAUGCGAACAUAUCAUCGAACACCAAGUGCUGAUGCUGCUAUUCUAUUAGAAUCACGAGCAGAAAAGCGUCGUCGUGCUGCAGCUGAUUCAGCUAUACCAUACGCACGUGCUAUUCCUUGCUCUCCAUCAUGUGCAACCACAUCAAUUCGUGUUCAGAGCUUUGCUGUACCAGAACCGCGUGUUGUACAAUUUCGUGAGCCAUCACGUGCUCGCAAAGAUCAUCAUACACAGCGACCAUUAAAAAUCUGUAACGAAAUGAUUACUAAAGAUAAACAACAACAACAAUUCCAACCACCACAACCACCGCUACGACAUGCUUUUGUGAAUAGCCAUGAAUGGACACUUAGUCGAACAAUUAGCGAAUUACGUUUGGGCGUCGUUGGUGCGGCUCACUCCGGAAAAACCUCCUUAAUACAUCGUUACUUGACAGGAACGUUUACAGCUGAAGAGAGCCCAGAAGGCGGACGGUUUAAGAAGGAAGUUGUUAUUGACGGUCAAUCACAUCUACUUUUGAUUCGUGACGAAGGACUUGCUCUUCCUGACGUACAGUUUGCUCUCUGGUGUGACGCUUUAAUUUUUGUGUUUGGCGUCGAAAAUCGUGAAAGCUUUGAAAACGUCGGUCAUUUAUAUAAUCAUUUGAGCAAAUUUCGCCAUCUAGGCGAUAUGCCUCUCUUGGUUGUUGGAACGAAGGAUGCCGUAUCAGACGUUACUCCACGUGUUAUUAGCGAGGAAGAAGGAAAACAAUUAGCGAAUCAUUUCAAACGCUGUAGUUACUAUGAAACAAGCUCCAAAUUUGGAUUGAAUGUUGAACGCGUUUUCAAAGAUGCUUGUGCUCGCAUCAUCAUGCGCCAGCGAACAACUCUUGGUGGACCUUACAUCUCGACGAUGAGCCGGACUACAACUCCAACAACUCCAUCAAUUGGCUCUCGUGAAGAUAAACGAGAUUAUCAAGAUUCUCGUUAUUUGUAUGGAACAACAUCAGGCAAGAGUGCUGCUUAUAGUGCGCGAUCAUCUUCAUAUGCUCCACUUCAUGAUGUUAACAAUGGAUCUUCUCGUCGUUCACAUAUAAAUCAUCGAGAACAUUCUGGUUAUGUUGGUUUUUCAGGCUCAUCGCGAGGAGCUGCUGAGCAGCAGCAACAACAACGAGCCUUGUCAGCUGCCUAUCAAUCCAUGCUACCUUCAUCAACCUCCAAUUUUGCCAGCCGAUCAAGUCAAUUGGAUUAUCGAGACUUAUCUCCAUCAAGCAGUCACAAAAGUCUUGGCAGCUUAACAAACGGUUUACACACUCGCUCAUCUGCUGCUCUAUUAGACACUCCAACAUCAACGGAACAGUUUGGACCUUCUGAAGGAUUGUCAGCAGCUAGUGCUAGCACAUCGCACCUGCCAACACCAUCAUCCACACCCACAACUCAACGGAAGAAUCGUCGUAUAUCAAAUAUAUUCCAACGUCCUAAAGAUGCAACAGAAGAGAAGAAUAAAGCUAUUGAAGCUUUAAAUCAUGGCGUCGGACGAGCUAUUCCUAUCAAACAAGGACAUUUGUAUAAAAAAAGUGCUAAAAGUGCCUUAAAUCGCGAAUGGAAGAAGAAGUAUGUGUGCUUAUACAGUGACGGAAAGUUAACGUAUCAUCAUAAUCUCAAAGAUUAUAUGGAUAAAUCUGCUCAUGGCAAAGAGGUUAACUUGGCUUUGGCUACUGUUCGACUAGCUGGACGUCAACGUCCACGUAACACUCAACGUAUGGCUACAAGCACAACAACUACUGCCUCUGAAGAUGGUCUUCCUGCCAACUCUAUGCCAAGCUCUAUCACUUCAUCACAACAAGAUAGAAAGUCUGAUGCUGGAGAGGGAACUUCGGGUGGCGGAUCAGACGAUGCCAAAGAAUCCAAUAAUGCUCCUCAAACUCCACAUACCAUUUCAAGUGGCAAAAAACGACGUGGUGGGGGACAUCGUCGAUUAGGUUCAAGUAGUAAACAUGCUGACGAUGACGAAGAAUGCUUUGAGAUCGUCUCGUGUGAUCAAAAACGAUGGGAAUUCUGUGCCGCUUCAGCGGAAGAGCGAGACGAAUGGGUGUCCGCAAUUGAAGAGCAGAUUGAACGCGCUUUACAAAAUCAGAUGUCUCAACCUAGCAAUCGAGCCCAUGGAAACCGUGAAGAAGUGCAAGCUCUGCGACAACUUGCUGGAAACGGUCGUUGUGCCGAUUGUGGUGCUGCCAAUCCUGACUGGGCCAGCUUAAACUUAGGAACUAUAAUUUGCAUUGAAUGCUGUGGAAUCCAUCGCAACCUCGGAUCUCAUGUCUCACGUGUGAGGUCGUUAGAAUUAGAUGACUGGCCAGUGGAAUGUUUGGCUGUUAUGCAAGCCAUCGGAAACGAAUCAGCCAACAAGUUGUGGGAACACAAUGCACCCGUUGAUAAGAAGCCUCAACCUGACAGCGCACGCGAACUCAAAGAACAAUGGAUUCGCUCCAAGUAUGAGCAGAAGAGGUUCCUGCCAUUGUUACGUGUGGACGAAACAGUGAGCUCGCAACUCGUAUCAGCAGUUUUGGCUCGUGAUGUUGCUGUUGCUUCAUUGCUCCUGGCUCGUGCUACAGCAGACGAUGUCAAUUCCUGUGUAUCAGCCAGAGAUCGACGAACACCUUUACAUUUGGCCUGCAGCAUUGGAAGCUUAGAAAUGGUUCAAUUGUUACUUUGGAAUAAUGCUGACAUGAUGGCAUUGGACGAGCAAGGACGAUCAUGCUUAUGGCACGCCCAACAUCAAGGCUUCGAAGAAAUCGUUCAAGUUUUGCUAACAGCUGGAAUGAAAUCUGAUUAUGGUAUGCCCCCUCCUCAAGCUACAUCACAUCACCAGAUGUCCAUUCCUGAGGGCGCAAUCAUGGGAUCACUUUCAAAUCGUGACUAUACAUGCAUAGGUUCUGAUGACGCUGUUGUGAGUAGGAGAACAGCCGGAUCAACAAAAUCGUCAUCAAGAAGGGAGCGUGAGCGAGUUCGAGACAAUACAGCAGCCUUCGAAUACUUACCUGCUAGCAUUAUCUAA